GUAUUUCCCUCCAACUCCAAAAAGGUAAAAGAAUUCCCUCCUAUGUAGGAUCUCCACUUUAGGGUUCUGUACCUUCUCAUAACUUUAACAAAAUCUGAAUUUUUUACACCUUACAGAAACAUAUAUAUAUAUUUAUCGAUUCUACCAAGUUGUACGGUUAUUCGCUUCUCUCUGCGGUUUCUUCAAAAGUUUCUGCAUUUUUGCUCAGUGGUUGUGCAUAAGAAGAAGUUGGCGAGGAUGAGUGUGUUAGAGACGAAACUAUGGACGUUGAUUAUGCUACAGGUGGGAUAUUAGAUAAAGAAGAAGUUCGAGGUCAAACGAAAUGUAAGAUGAUUCACGCAAGAAAUUUUGAAGAAAGACAGGAAGUGAUAUUUAAUAAAGGACAAGCUGUUGGACUAACCGACAAAAUAGUGUCUGAGUUAUGCAACUUUAUAGGAACAAUUGCCAGGAAUCGCAGAUUUAUCACCUUGUUGUUCACUGGCUGGCAUGCUGUCACUAAUGAUAUUAAACAACGAAUAUGGGAAUAUGUCAACUUCAUCAUUCCAACAAAAGGAAAGAAGUGGGUGAUGGAUGGUCUUCGCGAUGCUUGGCGGCGACACACGAGAAAUAUUAAGAAGACUCAUUUUGAUGGGUAUCCUACUAUUGAAGAUAUGCUAAAACAACGUCCCGCUGAGAUACCGAAAGUUCAAUUCCACCAAUUGAUUGAGUAUGGAAGGGACUGAGAUGUUCAACUGAGAUACUAUGCAUUUCUACUCAUGAACAUAUUGUUGCAUUAUAUUUUUUCCAUUUUUGAUUUAUUAAUUGGUAAACUUAUUUUGGUGCUAGACCAUGUGCAAAUUAAAUUCUGAAAAAUAGAAAAAAAUUAAAGUGGAGGCAUCGGAUGGGACCUAUUAAUUUUGCAAGAGUACGCG